CUGCCCAACCAUUUUCUUUCAUCAGACCCUGUCUGCAACAUGUUGCCCCGCCUUGGGCGCCAGUUCCUUUGGUGCAUGGAGAAAUCUCCAGUUUCUCAGCGGCGAGAGGUGUGGCUGUUAGUUAAAGUGUGGCGGUGUGAGCACCAGAGUACGUACCGCUGAAUGUCCACCUCAGCGCGCCCGCGUGAGGUGGCCGUGGCGGACUUUGGGGCCGAGGAGGUCGUCAUGGCUAUCGGUUUUGUGUUAGAACUCGAACCCCUUUCAUAACUUGGCAUUUGACAUUUCGAGGAUACAUUCACGACGACGAAGACAUCUUGUCUUUCACAAAGCGACCACAAAUAACACACACCAAAUAAUCUGUUUCCAUCGAAAGCCAGACCGUAUCGAUAACCCCUGUUUCGCCAUCCCUAACUUCCGGCAACCUUCAUCAUGUCUGAAGCCUACGAACGAGAGCGCCAGAACAAUGCGCGCCUGGAUGAGCUCUCUGCAAAGGUCUCCGCCCUCCGAGGGGUGACAGUAGACAUUUACGAUAAUGCACGAGCCCAGGAUGUCAUCGACAACACCUCCGAUACUUUCUCCUCUAUGACCACACAGAUGAAGGGUUCUGCUGGCCGCUUAACUCGCAUGGCUGCAUCAGGCAACCGUGUCGCUAUUCUGAAGCUCUCGGGCAUCGUUAUUGGCGUUUUCUUGGUGUUAUUUUACGGGGCUAAGCUGUUGUUCUAAGAGCCUUGGCACAGAUAUAAGCUGGGCAGGGAACGAUCGUAAUACAGGGCGUCCGUUGUGAAGGGGAGACGGAUAUUUAUCAGGUGGUAUACACAGAUGGUCAAGGACAUCCAAGUGUCCACAGCUAAAAGGCUAAGGAGUUGUAUCUCAGGAUUUUUACUGUUUUCGCAGCGUUGGGCCCGGCGUUAUUUGAAUACACUCACAUUGCUUCUCACCGGAACCAAUGUCAUAAUGGUCGUACAAUUUACUAGCCAUCCUGUUUCGCAUCUACUUGACUCCUAAC